GUGCAGACGUUUGCAUGUUGGUGUUGCUUUUUGGUUUCGGACUAGAAGAGAAAUACAAUGCCUACACAGGAGGCUCCAGUAGAUAAGGUGACUUCGGUAUUGGUUAAGGAUACUGAAAAAAUCAUUUCAUUGACUUCAGAGGUGGAGGCUCUAAAGCUUGGUGUCACUCAGGAAAAUCAGGAACUACUAGUCACAUGCAUCUCAGAAAACCUUGGCUUUGCUGGAGGCAACCCUGUUGCUGCAUGUCUCAUUUACAAAUGUCUCCUUCACUGGAGAUCAUUUGAACUCGAAGAAACCAACAUCUUUGACCGUAUCAUUCAAACAAUAGCCUCGGCCAUUGAAGUACCAGAUAACAACCAAGUUUUGGCGUAUUGGUUAUCUAAUUCAGCCAUGUUACUAAAGCUACUGCAGCACACAUUCACAAGUGCUGCAAUACCAGCGUCCAGAGGAUGCAUGGGAGGCGGUGUUGUCUCUUCUUUGGAUAGACAAAUGCAAGUUGAAGCAAAGUACCCAGCAACUCUUUUCAAGCAGCAGCUUAUUGGAUUCCUAGAAAAGAUGUAUGUUAUGAUCAGAGAUAGUCUAAAGAUUGAGGUCUUUUCUCUUCUCCGGUUAUGUACUCAGGCUCCACAGGCACAAGAAAACAAUGUUCCUCAACAAGAUUUGAAUGGUCACUGGGAAAGUAUUGUGGAAAGGCUAAGCAGUUACUUGAAUCUAAUGAAAGCAAACAAUACUCCACCAUUCCUGGUCAGAAAAUUAAUCACACAAAUAUUCUUCUUCAUCAAUCUUCAGCUCUUAAACAGUAUUCUCCUAAGCGAUGACUGUUGCUAUUUUGUCAACGGGGAGUACGUUGAAGCAGGUUUGGCUAAACUAAAACAAUGGUGUAUAGAGGCUACUGAUGAAUAUGUUGGUUCAGCUUGGGAUGAGUUGAGUCAUAUCAGACAGGCAGCUGGAUUCUUGCAGGCCAUUAUUCAAAAGCAGGAAAUGACCUUAGACAAAAUAACAAGAGAACUCUGUCCGGUGCUAAGUAUACGGCAGCUAUACAGAAUCAGUGCUAUGUACUUUGAUGACAUUUAUGACAUGAGCAGCGUUUCUUCAGAUGUUAUUUCAAGCAUGAUGAUUAGAUUGAUAGAUGACUUGACCGAUGGUGUACGGAGUGACUUUCUUUUGGAGGACGACUUGAGCAUUCCAUUCACCGUAGAGGAUUUAUCAAAAUCAACGGAACAAGGGGAUGUAAACGACAUUGAUACUCUUGCACUGAUCCAUGAAAACCCAAGUUUCAGCUUCUUGCUCACUUGUGGAGAAGGCAGUUCAUCAUAAAUUGUUUGUCAAAUCGGGUCAUAUUAUGU